AUGGCUGGUGACGACCCCUUUGCCUUCUUGGCUAGUAAUACUACUACUACUACUACCUCCGAGAGCAAGCCUGCCGGAAAGAGGUCUCUUUGGAAAGAAAAAUUCUUCAACAGGGAUAAAGGGAACAGAUCCUCUACCGACCAGCAAGUCGAGGCUUUCUUGGGCCCAAACCGCUCCGCAUCUCAAUCCCAAGGCUCGUCCGCAGCUGCGACUCCCCGUUCCACCGCUUCGAAAUGGCCCUCACCACAAGAGGUCAUCAAUGCCUCGGCAGCCGGCGACUCUGCCAAUUACACUAUGAUGCCACCCAAAAAGAAGAAUCCUGCCCGUCAAGGUUUGAAGGUGUCAUUCACCAUGGCAACGCCUGAAUUGAUUGGAGAGGGUGGUGAUGAGUCUGAUGUUCCCACCAUUGAAGUCUCGAUACAGCGCAAGCGCGCCCGGAGCCAAAGCCAGAGUCAGAGUGUGCCCCAACCCAGCCACGUCCCUGCUCCACCGGAACCGGUACCCCACAGAGAGGGAACGCCCCAGUUGCGAGUCGAUACAUCAACCGUUGGUCCAAAUCCGCAUGAUGUAGCCAGAACCAUCCCAGAUAGCAAACCGCCCCUCUUGCAAAACCCUCAAGAUGCGGAUUUCCUCGUGACGCUCAGUUUGGGCGAUCGUGGAUCUCGUCUAUCCUUCCGAGCAUCGCCAGACUCCAAUUCGUUUGCCCAGCGUGUCCGUCAAAAGAUGCAGUUAGAAGAAGGCCGUGCCUUGCAGACUCGCCUCCAAGACGACCCUCCUUUCCAAGACGAUCCUCCCUCCUUGGCCGAAGAGGACGUACCACCUGCAAGCGAGCAACGACCAGGCUCGCCCGCCAGCGUCGGUUCUCUCUACGAAACACCGCCCUUCUCCGCCAUAGACCCGACUCCGCCAGCCAACAAUGCCCUUCAAGGCCCUCCCAGUCAGGGAUCCGACAGCGUGCCUCCAGAGCCUCCGGUCCACAAGGAACCUACGCUUCCGUUUGGGAUCAAGCCCGCGAACGCUGGAAUCCUGCACCGCACACCGACAAAAGCCGUCAAGGCACAGCCCAAGAUGGACGACGAUUCACCCAGCGAAACCAGUAGUCGCCCCACCACCCGUGACACUCACGAAGGUCGUCCCACUACCCGAGACACUCACGAAGGCCGUCCCACCACCCGGGACAGCAAUGCAGCCCCGUACCAACCACAGGCGCCGCGCAUCUCGAUGCGAGCGAUUGCCAAUCAGGUUGGUGAUGCUGCGUUUGUCGAGUUCCAACAAUAUGUGGCACGCUACACCAGUUUGUUUAGAACGUCGGCAGAGAGUGUCAAGCCCCUCAUGGAGACGUCUUUGGCGGAAUGGAUGAGGGCUGCUGUGUGGUGGUUCCUACAAGGGCGUAAGGCACUCGAAGCCUACGCUCGGUCUCGUGGACCCACUAGCCCCGGAGGCGGCUCGACGAUUGACGCGCGACAAGCAGUCCUGGACCUGGGCAAAUCCCUGUGGAUCAACGAGGCCAUUUUCACCCAGCACGAGGAGCUCACUCGGUAUGGCGCAUCGAGCGUCGACGCGUUACAAGAAGUCGUCAUGAGCACGGGCGACAAGCAGAUGGCCGAUGUUCUCGGCUUGCACCAGGGAAUUCUCAAUCACCUGCGCUCGCUGGCCAUGUCGAUCAAGAAAAAUAACAUUCUCGCCAAAAUCGUCGCGUCCGAAGCUCUCGAGCCCGCUGAUGAUCUCGAGAGCAGUGUCUGGCUGCGAUACCCAUUCUUUGCCCCUGAUGUGUCUGCCGUCCUUUCGGGGGCCGCUUCUCGGUCCAUGUUGGUGGAUCGUUCGGGAGAUAGCCCUAGUAUGUUUACGAUGCUGCCUCUUAGUGACACCCCUCGUCAUUUCAGUUACGGAACGAUGUUUGUCGACGUAUACGUGAGCUCCGCGGAAGACGACACUCAGCAAUAUGCGAUUCCCUGCGCGUUAUCCAUUCUCCGCGAGCGCAGCGACUGGUACGUUUUUGCCGCCAUCAACAGUCAGAGUGAAUUGGUCAACGUGAUGAUCCAGUCGGAUCGGAAGAAGGGUCCCACGUGGGACGAUGUGGAAUGGCAAGUUCGCACGAACUCCAUGCGGGUCCGGUUGCCCCGUGGUUUCGAACUAGAUGUCAUGUUCCAAGAGGCUGAUUUCAAGAUGAUCUGGAAUAUCGUCAAGUACACCACGAAGACGGAGGAGAGUCUGAAGCCCGAGGCGGGUGAAAGGGUGAUUUUCGAAAGUACCCUCAAGGUUUUCCAGUACAUGGAUCCCGGCAUGCCCAAGGCCUUCCCCGCGGAGCCCAUCGAGCGAUGUCGGAUGCGGUUGUUUGAGCGAACGACUACUGUUACCGAAGGCACCGGCACGCGGAGUAUCCACCAAGGAUUCCGGGUUACUGUGCUUACCAGUCCCAAGGUGAAGGUCCUCAGCAACGCUCGUCAUAUCCUAGGAUACGGAAGUCCCGUAGUGUUCGGUCUGUUGCGCGGUGAAGACGGCGCGCCUGCUUUCGUACUCAAGGUCACAGAGGAGGGCAGGACCCGGUCGAUGUUGAUGACGUUCCACGACGUCCAGGAGCGUACAAUGAUGCAUUCGUUGCUUCUGGGUGUGCUCGCUAAGCAGAACGAGCUUAAGACUUCGGAUGUGCCCAUUCGCGCGUUUUCUAUUGAACAGCCAUAUGACAGAGUCAGUGGUCGAGCAGCAAUUAUCCAUCUUCAAUUCUCGGCCGGGACUGUUAUUGUGAUUGACCAGCAGCCUGGUAUGGUGGACCACCAGUAUGGCCCGACUAUCCUUUCGGAGCACCUGCGGGCUCUCAUCACUAGCGAAUGGGGGUCUGUUACGGAUCGAAUCAACUUGGGUCCUGGCGAACUGAAGCUGGGCCUGGAUGUGAACAACAGAACGGGGUUGAGCUUGUACCGCCCUGCACAGCAAGAUUUGACUCUUUCGGUUGCCGAAAACCUCGUCCGUCCUGAAAUGCCUGGUAGCCUGAGCGAUUUUCUGCAGGCGGCAAUGGUCAAGCCGAUGAUUCGACGGUUUGAUUUUGCCUCGUUGGCUGCUCUGCAUGAUUUCGAAGCUGCCGUGACUGGGUUCAGAGUACUAUACGACAGCAUCGCUACAUCGUUCAUGAUCUCUCGCCGUCGAAUGGUGGUGCCAAUUCACAAAAAGUGGGAAGCAGGUCUUACCCGAGUUCAGAUUGUCCGGCAAGAAAAGGUCUUCCAGCUGUUGGCAUUCUUCAAUGAUUUCCCGCACGGCAAAUGCAUGAACUGGGUCCUCAAGGGUACGGACAACAUGGAGAGCUUCAUGCGCUCUGGCAAGUUCUGGAUCCGCUUUGUCGAUGCCAAAUUCGCCUUGCCUAGGAAAGAUGAUGAUGCGUCUGCGGAUUUCGUUUGCUUGGAUAUGCCGGAAUACCCCAUUGAGCAUGAUGAUAUCUCGAUUGCCUUUGAUUCUGAAAGUGACCGCGCAAAAUUCCAAGCUGCCGUCCCUGGAUCUGUCCGCGAACCAUCGAGAAUGGGAUCUCUCCGCCGGUGA